AUGCAUUUGCCCAUCCCUUGUCAUCCACAGCACCGUCAAAAAAAACAGGAAGGAGAUCAGGGAACAUCGGGACAGGCUUCUCGCACGUCGGCAUCAUGGGUGUUCUUGGUGCCCUUGCUAGAAAUCUGGACGCCCUUGUUGGGCCGGGGGUCAUGCUCCUUUAUCCUCUCUACGCGUCGAUGCGCGCGAUAGAGAGCCCUUCUACCCUGGACGAUCAGCAGUGGCUCACCUACUGGGUCCUCUACUCCCUGAUCACCCUCUUCGAGCUCUCCUGCUGGAAAGUCCUGCAGUGGUUCCCGCUGUGGCCGUACAUGAAGCUGCUCUUCUGCUGCUGGCUGGUGCUGCCCAUCUUCAACGGCGCGGCCUACAUCUACGAGGCGCACGUCCGGCGCUACUUCAAGAUCGGCAGCUACGUGAGCCCCUACUACAACGAGCGCCAGCGCCGGGUGCUGCAGAUGAUGAGCCUCGACGCGCGCAAGUCCGUCGAGCGCUUCAUCGAGACGCACGGGCCCGACGCGCUCGACAAGAUCAUCCGAGCCGCUGAAGAGGAAGCGAAGAGGACCUAGCCUAGCAUGCGUGCGGUGAACCGAAGGGGAUUCGUAGUCUCAGGUGGGGUGCAGGCGAAGCAGUCUGAACUGCUCCGGAUGAAAAACGAACGAAUCGCUGAAUUUCCAUCGGUUGUGUAAUUACUUGUGCACAAAUGGUGUGCAAAGAUGCCAGUAGUUCCAGAGAACAUGAUUUGAUUGAAGAAGCUGCGAGUUUGGUGUACGUGUGAAAUCCUUAUCAGUUAUGACUGUACGUGCAUUUCUUUCCGUUCAAAAAGAAAGAGACCACACAAACUUAUCUGCCCA